AUGCCAGCAUUGGAUACACCCGACGCGAAACGACAUAAACCGAAUACACGAUCUUCAGCCGUUGGUUCAGCUUUGAAGAAGAAAGAACCUCCAGGACCAGUGUAUGAGAAAGGUAUCGAGUACUGGGACCAAGUGGAUGCGAGCGUUAAUGGUGUUCUAGGCGGUUAUGGUGAAGGCCCCGUCCCACAUAUCGAACAAUUAUCAUCUCGAUUAUUGUUACUUUCUCUCCUUCCUUCCCUUUCACCUUUCCCAAACCCCCUCACACCGCAACCUGCUGCCACUCCUCCACAUCGACGUACAGUCCUUGACGUCGGAGCUGGCAUAGGUAGAGUAACGCGUCAUGUUCUCUUACCAUUAUUCGACGAUGUCGUCUUACUUGAACCAGUUGAUAAAUUCAUCAGAGAAGGUUAUAGAGCAGCUUUAGAUGGAGAAUGGCGUGAUUUACCUAUCAGCAAGAGUCAACCUAACGGUAACGAUGUGAUUGAAUUGGAAGGAUGGAAAGAACAAAGAAGAAGAUUCGAUGAACAAUCUAAAACAAGAGGCAAAAGAGUAAGAUUUAUAAAAAGAGGUUUACAAGGUUUAGAUCCUAAAUAUCCAGCAGAAGGUGGUGAAGAUGUUGGAUUAGUGGGCAUAUCUAAUUCAGGAGAAGAAGGCUGUAUGGUAGAUCAAGUGAUAUACGACGUAAUCUGGUGUCAGUGGUGUCUUGGACACAUGAGUCACUCCGAUCUAGUGGAUUUCCUCAGACUCGCUCGUGCUGCCCUUCGAGAAGGUGACGAUCAUUAUGUGUUUGUCAAAGAGAAUUGCUGCGAUGAUGCUGCCGGUGGAGUCGGUCAAGAAUUCCUGGACGAGGAGGACUCAAGUUUGACUCGAUCCCAUCAGAAAUGGGUUGACUGUUUCCAUGAAGCAGGGUUAGAAGUAAUCAGGGAAGAAGUACAGCAAGGUAUGCCCGAUGAGUUGUUUGUGGUCAAAACGUGA